AUGUUGACUUCAUUACGAGUUUCUGACUAUCUACUUGUUCAUGUUUAUACGGAUGAGGUGCUGUCAGGGGUGGCUGAGACCAUCAAGAACUUUGUCCUGAUCUACCAUGUUGACAUCACCAAGGUUCCUGACUUCAACACCAUGUACGAGCUGUACGACCCGUCAACGGUGAUGUUCUUCUUCCGCAACAAGCACAUCAUGAUUGAUCUUGGGACAAGAAACAACAACAAGAUCAACUGGGCAAUGAAAGACAAGGAAGAGUUUGUUGACAUCGUGGAGACUGUCUAUAGAGGAGCUCGUAAGGCUGUCGUCUGGUGA